CAGGAUCGAAGGUGUUAGUCACUAACCCGUUUGCGGUGGAUCAAGAGAACAACGAACUAGAGGCUGAACUUCGGACUGUGCUGUUUUGUUUCUGCAACUUUCGGUCAAUGACAUAUGGGUGUGUUCAAUAUUAGACCAUAAAUUGAUCUAUCAGCUAUCAAGUUUGAUCCACACGUGGUAGACUUCAGGUAAACAAGUUGGAAAGUGUUUAUGCCUGCUGAAGUGACGGUUCUUCCUACAACAUACACACGAGGAAAGAAAAACAAGAUUGAAGAAGGUGGAAGAACUCAUCCCUUGUUAAGGGCCUUAAUUAUGAUCUCACGAAAGCCAGAACCUUCACAGUAACUGAAGUUACGGUAAACUGCAGUUGGAUUAGUGGCUCUGCUUGGAACAUGGAUGCUAUUGAGGGUCUCCACAGUGUCCAGCUGUCCUCCUCUCUGCCUGCCUCUGCCUGCAACCCUGGGUAUGAAGUACUAGUCUCAGCUGGGUCUGGUGUCCAGGUGUACUCCAACGCUACGUUCUAUGGAAAACCCAGUGUUCUGGAGCAUACACAGCGGAGAGGGAGAGAUACAUAUCCCUCCUACCGAGAGGAGACUAAAGAGGAGAGGUGUGAGGUUGGAAGGUUGGUAGACCUGGAGCCCGGUCCGAGCCCCCGGGUGGACGGUGGUGGGCCGGCUGACCCAGGUUUCACCAGGCCCCAGGAGGGAGCUGUUACCCAGGCCCGGAGCAGGGGCAGGGAGGGCAGCAGGCUGGAGGGUGCUACCCAGCUGGAGGUUGCCCUGGGCGGGGAGCAUGAGGACAACGUGUCCCGCCUCCGGAGCUCUUCCCAGGAGAUCAGAGAGAAGGGAUCAGAGAUCCUACGGGACCAACUGGAUGCUGCACAGAAGGAGCUGAAGCUGAAGGAUAAGGAGUGUGAGCGUCUGUCGCAGGUCAGAGAUCAGCUGGAGCAGGAGCUGGAAGAGCUCACUGCCAGUCUAUUUGAGGAAGCUCACAAGAUGGUGCGGGAAGCCAACGUGAAACAAGCCGCAGCAGAGAAGCAGCUGAAUGAGGCUCAGGGCAAGAUUGAUGUCCUUCAGGCAGAGGUGUCAGCCCUGAAGACCAUGGUCCUAACCUCCACCCCGUCUUCCCCCAAUCGCCAGGCCCACCCUCAGCUCCUCUCCCCAGGCACUAGGUCCAAGGGGGCCAGCCCCCGCCAUGCAGGAGGACACACGCGCAACAAGAGCGCCAGCUGGGCCUUGCCAUUGGCCCCUGGUGGGAACUUAGACCCGCACUCCCUGCAGCCAGUCAGAGAGGACAAAGAGCCUACGGUUCCUGCGCUACUCUCUCUUAUUUUGUGUCUGGUUCCGGGCCACUCGAUCUCUGUGACCUAUGAACCCUACUGGGCAGAGAAGGGGGAGGGGCCACACUCUCUCAGCCGACAGAUGGACAACGUGCUGUAUGCAGAGUUCCUGACCUGGAGAGACAGACCGAGUCUGGACAGAACGUCAGCCUUCCUGGGCCGUAUCUACAGAGAGGACAUCGGCCCCUGUCUCUCCUUCACCAAAUCUGAGUUGUCUCAGUCGGUGCAGAAUGCAGUGGAGAACAACUCGCUGACCAUCGAACCGGUGGCCGUGUCUGCUUUACCCAUGAUCAAAGCCAACGCCGUAGAGUGUGGCGGGCCCAAUGGCCUGAGAGCAGCAGUAGAGACGAAGUGUGCGUUGAGCGGCAUGUCCCGGUCCUGUAAGCACCGCAUCAAACUUGGAGACCGAGAGAGUUACUACCACAUCUCUCCCUCCAGCAGGGCACGGAUUACAGCGGUGUGUGAUUUCUUCACCUAUAUCCGCUACAUUCAGCAGGGCCUGGUCAGACAUGAUGCGGAGCAGAUGUUCUGGGAAGUGACACGUCUACGGCGGGAGAUGACUGUGGCCAAGCUGGGCUUCUACCUCACUGACACAGACCAGGGAUAGAAGACAGACAAGAGGAGACAGUCACCGUUAGCCCUGGGUCAUGUUCAUUAGGGCAUACCGUAGCAAAAAAAUAAUAAUGUUGUGCUCGACGGACCAUUUUUUUUUUUUUGCAAGCGCUUCGUAUUGGACAGGUUCAAGAUAUUACCACCCGUUUAGGGGAGCUUUCUUCCAUUUUCAUACCUACUGAACACGACCCUGGGCUUAGAAGACAAGAGAUACCAAUCAGCUGUACAGAGACACAAGAUCACCAGUACUCUUUUUACACUGUCCUGAUAAUCCAACCCAACAAUCCACUGGGCUGGUUUGGCUCAGUAGUGUGAAAAGUCCUCAGCUGGACACGGUGAACACAGAAACCAGAUCACUGAUCUUAUUGAGUAGGGUGAGCGAUUUUUCAAAUGUGUCUGACGAGGGAAGCAGAAAUGCAACAGCAAAUAUGACACCAUUUAGCAAUUAGAUUAGAUUAGAUUCGUCUCGUAACAAAUCAGCCCGAUCUGGCGAGCUACAAGGUAGCAAAAAAAAAACAUUUGUAGCAAAACUGACCGUAAGCUUGUGAGAUCAGUAUAGUUCGUACGAUGCUAGCAGUUAGAGCUAUGUACUUUAUAAACUUGCACAAUAUUAUAACACAACUACAAAGACAUGCAAUGAAUAGCAUCUUUUAAAAGGACAGUAGCGUAUAUGUGAAAAUGUAUCAAUAUACCAUAGAAACUCUUGUUAUUAUUGUUACGUAAAAUUGACAAGUGGUUACACAGCUGAUCUUAGUUGGCACAGAUUGAAACUAUAUAUGCAUGUGUCAUGCUGCCACGGAAACACUAAUAUGGGUUGAAUCCUAACUGGUCAGGUCCAUCACACAGAUGUUUUUAAGUUGGAGUUCUGACCAAUAGAGAACUAUGCUGCUCACUUUUCAUUCUAACAGCUGUCAUGUGGUACCCGUGUACUAGUCCUGCAUGUUGUCUCAUCUCCUCUUACCUUAACAACCAGACUACGUACGUACGCGUUGUUGUCUCCUCUCACCUUAACAACCAGACUACGUACGUGUUGUGGUCUCCUCUCACCUUAACAACCAGACUACGUACGCGUUGUUGUCUCCUCUCACCUUAACAACCAGACUAGGUACGUACGUGUUGUGGUCUCCUCUCACCUUAAUAACCAGACUACGUACACAUUGUCGUCUCCUCUCACCUUAACAACCAGACAAUGUACACGUUGUCGUCUCCUCUCACCUUAACAACCAGACUACGUACGUACGUGUUGUGGUCUCCUCUCACCUUAACAACCAGACUACGUACGCGUUGUUGUCUCCUCACCUUAACAACCAGACUACGUACGCGUUGUCGCCUCCUCUCACCUUAACAACCAGACUACGUACGUACGUGUUGUGGUCUCCUCUCACCUUAACAACCAGACUACGUACGUGUUGUGGUCUCCUCACCUUAACAACCAGACUACGUACGUGUUGUGGUCUCCUCUCACCUUAACAACCAGACUACGUACGCGUUGUCGUCUCCUCUCACCUUAACAACCAGACUACGUACGCGUUGUCGUCUCUCACCUUAACAACCAGACUACGUACGUACGUGUUGUGGUCUCCUCUCACCUUAACAACCAGACUACGUACGCGUUGUCGCCUCCUCUCACCUUAACAACCAGACUACGUACGUGUUGUGGUGUCCUCUCACCUUAACAACCAGACUACGUACGUGUUGUCGUCUCCUCACGUUAACAACCAGACUACGUACGUGUUGUGGUCUCCUCUCACCUUAACAACCAAACCACCCAUUACGUUGCCUUAACCCUGAUAGAUUCUUGCACUACGUUGUAAAUGCCUUGCAUGGCUUAUAUAGGAAAGAAACCUCGACUGAGAAUGGGUUAUGGAAGGGAAGUAUUCACUCAGUGUGGAUUUAAAAUAUAUAUUAAAAAAAUAGCUGAGUCUGUUUUAGUACAAACCAGUUCAGAAGUAGUGUUGCAGGUACACGAAGUAAAAGCAUGGUGAGUGAUCUGAAAUAUCCUCGUCUUCACUCUGGAUACUGUGACCGCUUAGCAACGACUAUCCUAGAAAUUAAGAAUACAGUUUUAACACCACGGAGUUAUAAACCAAUCAUAGACAACUAAGCAAUACGUUUUGUUUUUUUCCCCUCCUUCCUGAUACUACCAAUUUUUAUUCACAGCUUUAAAAUAACUGUAGUUUUGGGAGAGAAAAAAGUUGUAAAUGAUUGCAGUAUGUUAUGCUCAACCUUAGUUGUAAAUUGCACUCCUGUAAAAUGUUAUUGAAAUUGCACUCCAGGUUGUGUAUGAUAAAUGAUGUUUAAGCCAAUACGUGACCAUGAAUUGUGUCGCUUUGCGUGGAUACAUAGCCAAUAGUGUGUACAGGGGGUGUGUUGGUGUUCAACAGUUAUGUUCUAGAACUCCAAAACACUAUAGUGGUGAUAUUAGCCAUAUCCUGCAUGAAAAUAUAUUUAUCAAGCGUUUAAAUGAAGAAUAUCGGAAGUCUGAAAGUGCAAUUAAAGCUUUGUUCUUACAGCCGU